AUGUCGUCCGAUAUUUCGAGUGCCGCCCAGGCGGUCUCUGAAACCGUGUCGACCACGAUGAACGCCUCUCCUGAGGUGCUUCCGUCCGCUUUCACGCGAGCGCAGGAGGUCGUCGCCGCCCAGGGCUCUUCCAGCUGGUUGGGUUUCUUUGGUCGGAUGAUCCUCGCCAUACUGUCCCUGGUAUCCUCGAUCUUGUACUGGGCUAUACGCAUUGUCACAAUCUCCAUACCGACCUUGCUGUUCACCUUGUUUUCGACGAGCUGGACUGUCACGAUGAACGCCACUACGUUGAUAGUGAUCAUUGUCGCCCUCAUAUCUGCCAUCAGUUGGGUGGUGCGCUAUCGCAUCCUGAACAUGUACUCCCGACUUCCUCCAGAGCCUCAGAGGAAGGAGCCGGACGUUGAUCUGUUCCCCGACACUCACGACGAAGGGAAGAAGGCUGGUCUCUCGAGCUACUUGGACGAGUUCCUCAGUGCCAUCAAGAUCUUUGGCUAUCUGGAGCGACAGGUCUUCCACGAGUUGACCCGGAGCAUGCAAACCCGCAAGCUUAUUGCUGGCGAGACCUUCAACCUGGAAGAGGAGAAGGGGUUUUGCAUCGUCGUUGACGGCCUCGUGGAGAUCUUUGUCAAAUCUGGCCGAAAUGCCAGAAACUUGGGUUCAGACCACUACGACAGCUUCGGCACUGAGUCCGGCUACGCGGCGGAAGAGGACGAGACGUCGCCCGCGGGACAGAGAUACCAGCUACUCACAGAGGUCCGCAACGGAGCCCCCAUGUCUUCCUUGUUUUCUAUCAUGUCGUUGUUCACCGAAGACGUCAAGCUUCGAUCGACAGACGACGAUACCCCAGAGCCUACACGCAGCGCUGGGUUAGAGACCUCUGCCUUCCCGCGAGGCCCUGGAAUGCGUCGCAUGCCGUCAGAUCCCGUGAGCCCUUUCCCGACGGGUCCUCAGUUCUCUGAAGACGGCGAGGAGAAGCCCGGGGUGAGGAUUGAGGAGCCACCCAAACGAUCCAUCACACCGACACCUGCGCACGCUAGGAUUCCACCCAUCUCUCUUGACCACACGGGCAGCGCUCCUGGUAGUGUGCCUGGCAGCGCGCGUCAUCCCAGGCGGCCCCCGCUUCAGAGUAGGGCGACAUCUGGCUCAGCUCACCCCGACAUCAUUGCGAGGGCGACUGUGGACACAACGAUUGCCAUCAUUCCGGCCAGCGCGUUUCGUCGACUGACCAAGGUCUAUCCGAAGGCGACUUCUCAUAUCGUUCAAGUCAUUCUCUCGCGUUUCCAAAGAAUUACACUGGCGACUGCGUACAACUACCUUGGCCUGACUGGGGAGGUGCUUCAAACAGAGAAGAACAUGCUCUCGUUUACCACCUGCCAACUGCCCAACAUGCUCCGCGGUGAUGCUCUGGAGCGCUUGAAGGAGAAGUUCAGCCGAGAGCGUGAGCGUGUUGACGGUGAAGUGGAAAGCAAAGGGAUCGCUCUGCACAACGCCAACGCCCAUCGCCGUCGCAAGUCGACCUCGACUCUGAGGAAGGAUGCCGUGAUGCACUCCAUGAGCACCAAGGAGAGGUCAUUUUCCCAGGUUGCCACAACAAUCGCACCUCCACGGGAGCGUUCUUCUACGCACACACCGAGCCCGGGCGACCUGUUGGCCAAUAUUCAGUUUGCUCGCAGCGGUGGUCACCGACCGUCCAGCCACAUCGAUCAAGUUGCCGAUGCUUUUCGUCAAGACGGCGUCACGAGCCCUCUUGCUCAGCGGGCCUUAGACCCAUUCUCAACUCAGAAGCCCUCUCGCAUCUCGAUCGACGGUCGCGAGUCACUUGAUGAGGACAAUCUUUUCCGCCACUCCAUUCUCGAAUGCAUGUUCAAGGCUAUCGGACUUGGCAGCGGCGGCAGCGUAUCGCGGGAGGCCGAUUCAGUCGAGGGCUCCCCGAGACUGUUCUCGUAUGACCAGCGUCGACAAAGGGCGGGCCUCGGCAGCAAUGCGUUUGGCCUCAUGGGACCAUUUGAGGCGUCUGGUGAUGGUGACACAGAGUCUCUUACCUCUGGAGGGUUCACCUUGAACACUCCGCCCAAUGCCCACCUACUGGCCAACGACAUGAAGGACGAGGUCGAGAUCGUGUUCUUCCCCAAGGGGUCCGUGCUAGUAGAGCAAGGCGAGCGCAAUCCUGGGCUGUACUAUGUCAUUGAUGGGUUCCUCGACAUCUGCACGACGAAUGCAGAUUCGUCUGCCGACAUUUUGCACUCUUCCAGCAGGACUUCACUUCAUGCGGACUACCUUGCUAUGGAUGGCUCAGCUGCACACUCCUCCGUCAACCUUCUCGGAGCUGGUCAGGCGGGGGAUGCGAAGAAGAAGCAACCUGUUCGCCGCAGCGUCUCCCUCAUCAAGCCCGGCGGACUCGCGGGCUACGUCGGCACAGUGUCUUCUUACCGAUCUUUCAUCGACGUUGUGGCCAAGACAGAUGUCUAUGUGGGCUUUCUUCCUCGCUUAGCACUCGAGAGAAUUGUUGACCGAUAUCCCAUCGUUCUCCUGACGAUGGCCAAGCGACUCACAAGCCUUCUGCCCCGUCUCAUUAUGCACAUCGACUUUGCUCUUGACUGGGAGCAGGUUGAUGCGGGUCAGGUCAUCUUUCACGAAGGAGACGAGAGUGAAGCUAUCCACAUCGUUCUCAACGGUCGAAUGCGUCUUGUACAAGAGAAGAAGGAUGGUGGUGUCAGUGUCCGGGCAGAGUUUGGUCAAGGCGAGAGUAUUGGAGAAUUGGAGGUGCUCACGGAGUCUGCUCGUCCUGGAACGCUACACGCCAUCCGACAGACCGAGCUUGUCAAGUUCCCACGGACGCUUUUCAACAGUCUCGCCCAGGAACACCCCAACAUCACCAUCAAGAUCUCCAAGAUCAUCGCGUCUCGCAUGCGAAAUCUUGUCAAUGAUCCAUCUCAGUUGCUUUCCAAAGAGGCGGGUGGGGUGAAUUUUAUCAGCAAGGGUUCAUCGUCACUCAACCUGAGGACUGUUGCCAUCUUGCCGGUAACGUCUGGUGUCCCCGUCGUCGAGUUUGGCAACCGGUUGAUGAAUGCUCUCGCUCAAGUCGGCCCUGCAAAUGGAGCGACCUCUCUCAACCAGUCGGCUAUUCUCAACCAUCUCGGCAAGCAUGCAUUCAAUAAGAUGGGAAAACUCAAGCUUUCUCAGUACCUGGCUGAUUUGGAGGAGAAGUACGGCCUUGUCGUCUACGUCGCAGAUACCAACGUCAAUUCUCCAUGGACUCAGACCUGCAUCACGCAGGCCGACUGCAUUCUUCUCGCAGGCCUUGCUGAUGGCUCCCCUGAAAUCGGGGAGUACGAACGGUUCAUGCUGGGAAUGAAGUCCACCGCGAGAAAGAUCCUGGUUCUUCUCCACGGCGAGCGGUACUCUCCCUCUGGGUUGACCAGAGCUUGGCUCAGAAACCGCAUGUGGAUUAAUGGCGGACACUACCACGUUCAAAUGCCCAUCGGUGCCAACAUGAUGCCGGUGCACCCGCCUUCGAAGAGGACCAGUACAACACUGAAGGAGAGGGUUCAAAUCAUUCAAGCAGAGAUCCAGAAGUUCACUUCCAGGAAGUCCCGCCACAGCCCUUUUUACUCCCCGGAUGCACCGUACAAGGGCGACUUCCACCGUCUCGCGCGACGCCUCUGUGGCAAGUCUGUCGGCCUUGUGUUGGGCGGUGGCGGAGCCAGAGGCAUUACGCAGAUUGGCAUCAUUCAAGCCAUGGAAGAGGCUGGCAUUCCCAUCGACGUUGUGGGCGGCACCUCAAUAGGAUCCUUCAUCGGCGCCCUGUAUGCCCGCCAUGCAGACGUUGUCCCCAUCUUCGGUCUAGCCAAGAAGUUUUCUGGUCGCAUGGCCAGCAUGUGGCGCUUCGCUCUUGACCUCACCUAUCCCACGGCGUCGUACACGACUGGACAUGAGUUCAAUCGUGGCAUCUUCAAGACGUUUGGUAAAACUCAGAUUGAAGACUUCUGGCUCGAAUACUACUGCAACACCACGAACAUCAGCAAGAGUAGAAUAGAGUACCACACCAGCGGCUACGCCUGGAGGUACAUCAGAGCAUCCAUGUCACUGGCUGGCUUGCUUCCGCCUUUGUGUGACGAAGGCAGCAUGCUUCUGGACGGUGGCUACAUUGACAACCUCACUGUCUCACACAUGAAGAGAUUAGGAGUGGACACCAUCUUUGCAGUGGACGUCGGCUCCCUUGACGACGACACCCCACAGGCUUACGGUGAUUCGCUGUCCGGCGUGUGGGCGUUCUGGAACAGGUGGAACCCGUUCUCGGGAACGCCCAAUCCUCCGACGCUGGCCGAGAUCCAAGCCAGGCUAGCCUACGUGUCAAGCGUCGACGCCCUUGAACGAGCGAAGACGAUGGCUGGCUGCUUCUACAUGCGGCCGCCGAUCGAUGACUACGGUACGCUCGACUUUGGCAAGUUUGACGAGUUGUACCAGAUGGGAUAUAAAUAUGGACAGGAGUUUUUGCAGAAGCUUAGAGACGAUGGUGUCUUGCCUCUCAUGGAGGAGACCGAGGCCAAGAAAGCGAUGCGGAGGACGAUGGCACCGAGAAGAGCCAGCAUAUAG